AUGACAUGGAGAAGAUCUGGUACCACACCUUCUACAAUGAGCUCCCGUGUUGCCCCUGAGGAGUGUCCCCACCUCCUCACUGAGGCUCCCCUCAACCCCAAGGCCAACCGUGAGAAGAUGACUCAGAUCAUGUUCGAGUCCUUCAGCGUCCCUGCCACUUACAUCACCAUCCAGGCCGUGCUCUCCCUCUACGCUUCCGGUCGUACUACCGGUGAGGUUUGCGACUCUGGUGACGGUGUGACUCACUUUGUCCCCGUCUAUGAAGGUUUCGCUCUUCCCCAUGCUAUUCUCCGUCUCGACUUGGCUGGUCGUGACCUUACCCACUACCUCAUGAAGAUCAUGACUGAGCGUGGCUAUUCCUUCACCACCACAGCUGAACGUGAAAUCGUUCGUGACAUCAAGGAGAAGCUUUGCUACAUUGCCCUUGACUUCGAGAGUGAGAUGAACGUUGCUGCUGCUUCCUCUUCCUUGGACAAGUCCUACGAGCUUCCUGACGGUCAGGUCAUCACCAUUGGUAACGAGCGUUUCCGUUGCCCUGAGGCUCUGUUCCAGCCUUCCUUCCUUGGUAUGGAAUCUGCUGGUGUUCAGGAAACUGUUUACAGCUCCAUCAUGAGGUGCGACAUUGACAUCAGGAAGGACCUGUUCGCCAACAUCGUCAUGUCUGGUGGUACCACCAUGUACCCUGGUAUUGCUGACCGCAUGCAGAAGGAAAUCACUGCCCUUGCUCCUUCCACUAUCAAGAUCAAGAUCAUUGCUCCUCCCGAGCGUAAAUACUCCGUCUGGAUCGGUGGUUCCAUCCUGUCUUCUCUGUCCACCUUCCAGUCCAUGUGGAUCACCAAGGAUGAGUACGAUGAGUCUGGCCCCGGCAUCGUUCACCGCAAGUGCUUCUAAAUGAUUAUAUUUUCUUGACAAAAUAAACAAACAAGUAAAACACAAA